GCUUCCGGGCGGCGGCGAUGGCGGCGUGAGGGUCGCUGCGCCGCGGGGAGGUCGGGGCCGGGGAGCGGCCGCUGUGGGCGCCGCAGGCCGCGGGACGGGACGGGACGGGACGGGACGGGACUCCCGCGCCGCCCAUGUGGCUGCAGCAGCGGCUGAAGGGGCUGCCGGGGCUGCUCUCCAGCAGCUGGGCGCGGCGACUGCUGCUGCUGCUGGCCCUCCUGCUCGUCGCCUACUGGUACCUGGGGGCGGCGCGGGCGCGGCGGGGCGCGGGGCGGGGGGCCGAGCCCCGCGGCGCCGCCGCCCUCUGCCUGCAGGCGGCCACGGGCGCCUGGCGGGCGCAGGCCGAGCGCGGCGAUGCGCUGCCGCUGCCGGAGGAGGCGGCGGGCGGCGGCGGCGGCGGGCCGGGGCCGGGCCUGGCGCUGGCGGGUAACGGCUUCCUGCUGCUGGACGUGGCCGCCGGGCGCCUCUGGGUGUCGGCGGCGGGAUCCGGCGGCGGCCCGGCGCUCGCCACCGAGUACCCGGCGCUGGUGCGGCUGAGGGCGCUGGGCGGGCGCGGCGAGGCGCGGGCGGCGCUGGCGGCGUUGCGGGACGGCGCCGUGCGGAGGGUGCGGUGCGUUCAGACGGGGCCCGGGGCCGGCGCCGGGGACUGCGUGACGGUGCGGGAGGAGGUGGUGGCCCACCGGAGCCGGCCGCAUCUCUACCUGCAGCGCAUCCGCAUCGCCAACCCCACCGAGCGGGUGGCCGCCUUCGAGGCCUCGGCCCCGGCUUCUGCGCCCUCGCUGGGCGCUCGCUUCGCCACCAGCCUGGAGAAGGUGGAGGAGCGGCAGUUCCUGCUCUCCUCCGGUCGCCUGCUGCUGGCCGGGAGCCCCAAGGUGGUGCUUAUGGUGGUGGCUGCCAAGAAGCUCGUGAGCCGGGUGCAGGUGGCGCCCAAAUCCCACUUUGACGAAACCGUGCUCUCCGUGGUGUACACCUCGGAGCCCAUCGAGGUCUCCAGGCUGGAGGAGACCUUCAGCAAGCUGAGGGAGUCGGCCAAGAAGGAGAUGCUGGAGGUGAUGCAGAUGGGGGUGGAAGAUCUUUUCCAGGAGCACCAACAGACCUGGUCUGACCUGUUCAUUUCGGGGGUUGAAAUGAGAAAGAUCACAGAUUCGCAUACACCAUCCAGUGAGACUGUUAACAUGACCCUCUACUAUGUCCUGUCAAGCAUGCCAGCUCCUCUGCUAGAUCCACUCAUUAGUGGUGAGGACAGAGAAAAAAUGGAAGCCAGCUUGAACUAUGCUGACCACUGCUUCAGUGGCCACGCAACCAUGCAUGCAGAGAACCUGUGGCCAGCAAAGCUGACCAGUGUCACCCAGAUCUUGCAACUCUCAGACCUGUGGAAGCUAACUCUCCAGAAACGGGGAUGCAAGGGUCUUGUGGCAGCUGGAGUCCAUGGACUUAUGCAGGGAAUGGUGCUUAGUUUUGGGGGUCUGCAGUUCACAGAAAACCAUCUUCAGUUUCAGGCUGACCCUGAUGUACUUCAUAACAGCUAUUCCUUACGUGGGAUCCAUUACAAUAAGGACUUGAUUAAUCUAGCUGUUCUGCUGGAUGCUGAAGGAAAGCCCUUCUUGCAUGUGUCUGUGAAGUUCCAAGACAAGCCAGUUAGACUGUAUGCGUGUGAGGCAGGCUGUAUGAAUGAGCCUGUGGAGCUGACCUCAGAGGCACGAGGUCAUACAUUCCCCGUCAUGGUGACUCAGCCCAUCACGCCACUGCUUUAUAUAUCAACAGAUUUGAUCCACUUGCAGGACCUGAGACACACACUCCAUCUAAAAGCUAUUCUGGCUCAUGAGGAACACAUGGCCAAGCAAUACCCAGGCUUACCCUUCCUGUUCUGGUUCAGCGUGGCCUCCUUAAUCACAUUGUUUCACUUGUUUCUGUUCAAACUCAUCUACAAUGAAUAUUGCGGGCCAGGAGCUAAGCCGCUCUUCAGGAGUAAGGUAACUGUCCCUGACACUAGUCUCUGAAAUGCCGCGAAGCUUCACAGCUACACACCAGGGCUGAUGUAACACCUCUUCCUUCUUGACACUGCAAGAAGCCUUGCAGUGUACAGCAAACAAGUCUGUUGCCUCGUCUUAAUUGGACCUACUUAAAAUGAAGAUGAUGCAGAACUUGAUUCCAGAAACAGGGAUGAAGUGGAAGCCAGCUGAAGCUCAAAAUCUCUGUAGCAGUAAGCAAGAUGAAUAGUGUUGAAAUAACACCCUGUUUCAUUAAUUGAAUGGGAACAUCCCAGUGUCCAAGUGAACUUAGUCCUGCUUUCAGCCUCCAUUUGCACAAGACAUCUGACAAUUUUGCAGCUGAGAACAAGGACCUUUUGAAAGCAACAAUCCUUUUGUGCCUUGUUAAGAGAGGAAUGAGACUUGGAAGGUGUGGUUAUUCAAGAGUUUAUCCCAGAAGCUUGUGUAACAGAUGUUUCUUUUUCCUUGUAAGCUGUUCAGUUCCCUAAGAGUAAUCCAUUUGGUGAAAAUACUUGAAGAUAGACUAAGUCCUUCGAUAUUUUGAUUUUUUUUUUUUUUUUUUAAUUUUACAGGAAAAUAAAGUAUGGUGAUUCCCUUCAGAGGGUUAACUUAACUAGAAAACUUUAGUGUAACUUCCUUUCCAGUAUACAUUUUUUAAUUUAUUGCUUGGGGGGAGGGGGAGGAUGUUGAUAAUUUUGCCUCCACUUCAGUUACAAGGCAGUCAAUUGAACUGUAGAUAUCUAAGUGCUGGUAACAGGUUUUUCAGCCUUUAUUAUUGUAGAGUGCAAAACCAAUUUAAUGAAAUUGUUUUCUGGAUUUACACUUGGAAAUGCUGAUGUGCAGGUUUCCUAGUCUAAGCAGAUUGAGACUUUGUGCAUUGAUUUGUUUUGGCUAUGGGGGGAGAUAUCCCACUUUCUAGUGAUUUAAAGGUCGUUUGGUUUUAAAAUACCAAAGCUGUUGUUUCUAAAUAAAUAUCUUUCAGUCUAAUCUGA